CCCGCCGCCGAGGUAACUGGUGGGUGGUGCUUGAGUGAACGGGAUUGUCAGCAAGAUCGAGACAUAGCCUUCGCUUCUUAAGUUCAUAUUUAGCUUCUUUAUACAUUGGCAUUUCUUGUUUAGAGCCGAUUAGAGACUAAUAUCUUCACAAUCCUAAGUCCUAAGUUUCAAUCCGACAAUGCGAGCCGUCCAGGUGAAAGAAUACGUCCAGGGACCUGAAGGUCUUACUGUGUCUGAACUUCCAGACCCAGUUCCCGCCGCUGAUCAGUAUCUGAUCUCCGUUCGCGCCUCUGCCACCAAUUUCUUCGACCUCCUCCAGAUCCGCGGGAAGUACCAACAUCAGCCUCCACUGCCAUGGAUAUCGGGAUCGGAGUUCUCUGGAGUCAUCCUUAAAACCCCAACUUCUCCGCCGGGGGGACAGAAGCCAGCCUUCCAGGUUGGGGAUAAAGUUUUCGGUUCUGGCCAAGGAGGUUACGCCACCAAAGUUACCUGCGAUGAGUCAAGGUUAAAGCCGGUGCCUAAGGGCUGGUCUUUCGAGGAUGCCGCAGGAGUAUUCGUGACUGGCCCGACAAGUUACGGUGGUCUCGUCACUAGAGCAGGUGUCAAAAAGGGCGAUUGGGUCCUCGUCCAUGCAGCAGCUGGUGGAGUCGGACUCGCUGCUGUCCAAAUCGCAAAAGCCUUUGGAGCCACCGUCAUCGCUACCGCCGGUACACAGCACAAGCUGGACGUCGCGAAGUCAUUCGGCGCUGAUUACGGAGUCGACUACCGUUCAGAAACCUGGUAUGAUGAAGUCAAGAAGCUGACCCCGAACGGUCGCGGGGUCGACAUCGUGUACGAUCCCGUCGGGAUGAUCGACAAAUCAAUGAAGUGCAUCGCCUGGAACGGAAGGCUCUUGGUCAUCGGGUUCGCUGGCGGCGACAUUGAAAAGGUUGCAACCAACAGGGUCUUGUUGAAGAAUGUGAGCAUAGUAGGCUUGCAUUGGGGAAUGUACUCCACUUAUGAGCCGGGAAGUGUCAAGGACGUCUGGGAGGGAUUGUACGAAUUGAUGGAAUCCGGGAAAUAUCGCGGGACAACGUAUUCAGACAAGGAGUAUGUCGGACUAGAAAGCGUUCCCGAGGCCUUGAGGGCACUCGGCAAUCGGGAGACUUGGGGUAAGGUGGUGGUGAAAGUACCUGAAGAGAACCAGACGAAGCUAUGAUUGGGAAUAAAUUUCUGUUUUAAGUUGCGGAGAGAUCGCUGAUAUUGAUGGAUGUAGACAAUGACAUGUAUAUAAGAUAAGUGACGCGCUCACUUUCCAUCCAGAACGAGCGCUGACGUUGUUGUCCCGUAUUCAUCGGAU